UCAUUAGUAGAAGAGUAUAUAAUUAGAUUUUGUAAGAGUUUUUUUCUCUUAUUAACAUCACUUAAAGGAAUUAGGAUUGUUACGUACAAAAACUUAUCUUCUUCUUCAGAUUUAGCCUUACCUUUGUCUAUAAUUUUUUUCAACUGAGCACCAUGGAUUUGAAGGGCUAUGUAGAUAAGUAUGCUAAAGGAUAGAAGUUAGCAUCAUUAAUUACGAUUUUGGUCGAGUUUUGCUGUGAUGACCACCUUUGUGGCUUCUGCGCAUUGGAGCUUUGGGAAUUGGUUGAAUGUAUUGCAAACUGCUGACUCUUGAGGAUAGAUGAUAAAGUAACAGCGGCAGACUGCUCGGUCUUGAUGAAGCUUGCAUAUUCUUUGCACAAGAAUAUAAAAAAGUUCAACAAGAUGAAUUUUCCAACAGCCUAUUUUCCGACCUCAGCAAAGUUCUGAGGAAGCUCGAAAAUAUGUAUGUAAUUUGCUUCCUUGAAUAAUGAUACGGUGCUUUUUAUUUUAUCCGUAGCUAGCUAAUCUGUUAAGUGCAGUAACCCCCUUGUAAAUUGCCUGAUGUUAAUGGAUAAAGUAGAUUUUUUGAAAUUUAGUCAGCAAUGGACAGUGGCAGCAAAAAUUAUAUCUCAAAGGAGGUUUAACAUUCUGGUAAUCAGAAAUACCAUUCAGCAAUCGUGGAGAUUGAGAGGGGAAUUUGCUAUGGCCAGAUUUCCAGAUAAUGUGUUCACUAUCAGAUUUGAUAACCAACUUGACUACAAACGUGUUUUAGAAGAGAGGCCUUGGAACAUCCAGAAUCACCAUUUCAACAUCCAGGAGUGGCCAAAUGAUAUCCCAUUGUCAAAAAUUAAUUUUGAUGAAUCUCUAUUCUGGGUGCAUGUUAAUGGGCUUCCACCAAAUCUCAUCACAAAAGAGAAUGGUAAGAUGAUUGGUGAAUUAUUUAGUGGCUUUGUUGAAGUGGAUUUAAAUGAAUUUGCCCCUUUAUGGAGACAACAUUUUCUGCGCAUCCGGGUUAGAGUUAACAAUACCGAGCCAUUCAAGACAGGGUUUCAUAACGUCACUGAUGCUGGUGGCACAGAAUGGAUUUAUUUCACAUACGAGAAACUUCCAGAUAUUUGCUACUUCUGUGGAUGCAUGGGACAUACAGUUAAAUUCUGUCUUAAAAGAAUUGACGAAGAGACAGAAGGCAAAGUUUUUAUGGGAAGUUUGAUGUACGGACCUCAGCUGAGGACUGCAGCUAUGAUGCAUUCAAGCAAAUUAUCUUUGGUUAGAGCCAGGACCAGAUAUUAUCAAGCAACUCAGCAAAGAGAGCAAUCACAGGUCCCUGAAAUGCAAUCCUCAAGUCCUACACCAGCUCCUCCUAUGGGUAAUUCUUCUCAAACUUAUGUUGUCUCUAUGGCUGAUAAUGAAGUUCCAGUUGUUGUUUCUGUUGGUACCAAUUACUUGUCUAGAAUAAUUAGUACUACUGAAGUGGAUGUGACUAUGUUGUCUAAUUUAGAACAAUGGAGGGUGUCUGAUAUUAUGCAGUCAAAUAUUCCUGCAAUGUAUGGUGCUACUGAACCUAUUUUUUCUACUCUUACUCAAACUGGGAUACACAAUCUGCUUGAACCAAUGUCUCCAUUUUCUUGUCCUUCUUUGACUGAACUGAGUCCGGUGAGAGAGUGGAGACUACCUCCAAACAUGGUUAAUGCUCUUAGUCCACGAGUUCAAACUGAGUAUCGGCAACUAUCUCCAAUGGUGACUGUGGGUCAGGAUCUGCAAUCAGACAUAUUGGUCGAUUAUCUAUAUGCAAGUGGAUACAUAGGCAGCAAUGAAGGAGGUAUCUCAAGUGUUGAUCUUGCUGAAAUCAGAGAACUAUUGAGUGAUAUUUAUAGAGGUGGCCCCAUCCCUAUUAUUGCACCUCCACAACAAACUGAACAACAAGCUGAACCAACGGUUCCAACUUCAGAAACCCAGGCAACUGUUGCUGAGCCAAAGAAAAAAAGGGGUAGACCUGCAAAGAAGAAAACUGAAGACACUAGAGGCACCGCAUUAGAACCAAAGAAAACAAAAAGAGGCAAGAGGAAGCUGCAAACCACUGACUUUGCUCAUCAAUACGCUCCAAUGGAGGAUUUCUGUGAUCAAGUAGUACCGGAUCUACCUUUGCUGAUUCAUGCGGACGAAGAAUCUGGCGACUCAUUCCAUGCUAUGUUCGAACCUGGAGUCAGAGGAUACAUGCUGGAUCAAGGUGUUGCAACUGACAUCAACUCAACUUCUGAGGAAGAGUUACUGCUGUUUGAGAAAGGUUAUGAGGCCGACCUAGAAGGGCCUCCGGAGCCCAAAUGAGAAUUUUCAGCUGGAAUUGUCAAGGCCUAGGGAACAGCCUGACAAUUUCCCAGCUUAAAUCUUUUUGUAGAGCUUUAGCUCCUGAUGUAAUGUUCCUAAUGGAAACCAAAAAUAAGAGCAAGAAAUUGAAAAAAUUAAUAGAAAAAUGUGGUUUUCAGUA